UUGCGUGGUGAGUUGCACUACUAGAGGUGAAUCCUGCGAAGAAAAGGCUCCUGGACGGUGCCGUAUAGUGAAAAUGUUAUCCCGUCCGCGAGUGGUUCACGAUGUGGGGGGAAAAUUUUCCUUGGUUUUAGCGCCAGGCACAAAGGUCGUGAUGGGCGGUCGUUAAGCGUGACUCCUACAGCUAGUGUUACCAAGUUCGUCAGACGGGGCGAGCAUUGUGCAAAUCGAUUUGCAAAGGGGGAACCAGCGUUGUUUGCUUCGAUAGAAAAUUUGCAACGCCGCUCACGGCCGAGCUCCGCCCGGAUUCGACGGUCCCGUGUACUGAAAGUGUGACUGCGAAUGCGUGCAGGGGGGAAAUAUUGACCGCACUAUCGAGCCGACGUCCGUCUGAUGCGAGUGAAUAGUUUGCGGAGUGUGAAAAUGAUGAAAUAAUCUGUGAAAACCACGCACGAAACCCCCGGUUUUGUGGUCCCCGAAGCGGGCGGUAGUAGAAGGUUUGACAAAGAUACAGUAGAUCUUAAUGCUACGAACAACGAAGUGCUAAAAACAAAGAAGAGCCGAGGACUGACUGGUCAGGGGGAUUUGACGGAGCACAGGGAGUCAUCUUAUGAGGCAGAAUAGGAAAAAUAUCCUGGAUUGUCAUCGGAUCGGAGGUGUCGGUCCGGCAGCUGGUAGCCAUUUUUAGCGUAGCUUUUAUGACCUAAAGUUAGUGCGGGACGCAGUUUUUUAUCGUCACCGCAUCCAUGCGAAAGUAGCAACACCCUCAGCAGCAUUUCUACUCAGUAUUCUAUCGACGUAAUCGACAAGCAAUCGAAUCGGACAAUUCACCUUUUAGAGAGCAGAGCGGAGCGUAGCAGAGCGCGCGAGUCGAACGCGAUGGGCAAGGAACUGAUGAAUACUAGCAACUUUUGCCAGCAGCUCGGCGCGACUUUGGUGCGCAACUUCAAGCUGAAAAUCCGGGACUCCCGCAAAACGAUAGCGGAAGUGUUUCUACCCCUCUACACGCUCGGAACGCUGAUUGUGCUCAAGAUACUGAUACCGAACCCGAACUUUCCGGCCAUUACGGAACCGCGCGGUGCGGCCACACUGUUCGAGCACUUUCAGCACCACAAGGCACACACGAUUGCCGUGCUGCCGCAGCCAAACUCCUCCACGACGGUGCCAUUCCUGAACGAGGUCAAUGAGCUAUGGAUGUCGAACCGGCGCCACCAACCGGGCGUUCAUCCGAUCAAGUGGAUCGUGUACGAGACACCGGAGGAACUGCUGGCGGCCUACUGGCGUGACCCGAGCCGGAUGCCACUAGCGCUGAUCUUUCACUCCGAUGAUCCACUGUUCGGUCCGCUACGGUACGAGAUUCGGACGAAUCCUUCGUUCUACGUGACACCCUCGACGACCGAACUGUACUCGUCGCUCGUGACCUGCCGCCAAUCGGACAGCUACUGGUCCGCGGUGAUACCGAUCGAAACCGGUGACUCCUGCCCGGUAAACCAGUACUAUUACUCCGGUUUCGUCGCCCUGCAGACGCUGCUUGACUACACUAAAAUCCGGAUUGUGACGCAAAACGAAGAGCUACAGAUACCUCACAUUACGCUAGAGAUGUUCCCGAAGGAAGCGUACACCGGUAACUGGAUGGUCGCGUUCCGGUUGGUCAUACCGAUCUACAUGGUGAUGGCACUGUCGCAGUUCAUUACAUAUCUGCUGAUACUGAUCGUCGGCGAGAAGGAGAACCACAUCAAGGAGGGACUGAAGAUUAUGGGGCUACGGGAUUCCGUCUUUUGGUGUGGCUGGUUCGUCAUCUAUGCCGUGUUUGUCACGUUCCUGAGCUUCGUGUCGGUGAUUCUGGUGUUCUCGCUGGGAGUAUUCCAACACACGAACUACCUGCCUGUGUUCAUACUGAUCCUACUGUACAGCUUCUCGGUCAUACUGAUUGGCUUUAUGAUAACGCCAUUCUUCGACAACUCCAGGACGGCCGGUAUAUUGGGCAACUUUGCCGUGAACAUUAUGUCGCUGCUGUACUUUCUGCAAGUGUUCAUCGACGAUACGCACACGUCGGCCGCACUAUGGACGGUAUCGUUGAUCUCGCCCACCGGGUUUGCGCUCGCCAUGGAUAAGAUCCUGGUGCUGGACAUCUCCGGACAGGGCGUAACGCUGAACAACCUGUGGACAGGGCCAGGCAUACCGAUCGGUGGUUCCAUCCUGAUGCUGCUGGUCGACAUCGUCUUGUACGCGGCGCUGGCCUUCUAUUUCGAUUGCGUUAUACCGUCGGAUCACGGUACAAAGCAGAAGCCCUGUUUCUGCUUCAAUCGAAAUUACUGGUGCAAGAAGAAGGUACCAAAAGUGCCACUGCUGAAUGGUGAAUCGGCAAAUUCGUUCAACAACACGGCCGAGGAUCAGGCAUGUGAUGUGGAACCGGUGUCGCGUGAGAUGCGUGGCAAGGAGGCGAUCCGUAUCGUGGAUUUGUACAAAACGUUCCAUUCUUGCCGCAAACCGGCGGUCAACGCGGUAAACGGUAUUAACCUGACGAUCUAUGAAGGUCAAAUUACGGCCAUCCUGGGCCAUAAUGGAGCUGGCAAGAGUACACUGUUUAACAUCCUAACCGGGCUCACCUCGCCUACUUCCGGGACGAUCUACAUCUUCGGGUAUGAUGUGCGCGAUCCAAACGAUAUGACAAUGAUACGGCGUAUGACGGGCGUUUGCCCACAGCACGAUAUUCUGUUCGAGACGCUGACUCCCAAGGAGCAUCUGUAUUUCUUCGCCGCCGUUCGCGGUAUUCCGCCUGCGUUGGUGGACGGAGAGGUAAAGAAGACGCUACGGGAUAUCGAUCUGUUCGAUACGGCCGAAACGAGAGUGAAGCACCUGAGCGGUGGCCAGAAGCGAAAGCUUUCCGUCGGUAUCGCGAUCAUAGGCGAUCCGAAGAUUAUCAUACUGGAUGAACCGACGGCUGGGGUGGAUCCGUAUUCGCGCCGUCACAUGUGGUCCAUACUGCAGAACCGGAAGCACGGUAAGGUGAUUCUGUUGACGACACACUUCAUGGAUGAGGCCGAUAUACUGGCCGAGCGGAAGGCGGUGGUGAGCCGGGGGCGUCUGCGGUGCUGCGGAUCGUCACUGUUUUUGAAAAACAAAUUCGGCGUCGGCUACCAUCUGACGCUGGUGCUCGAUACGAAUGCGUGCGAGACGUCGAUCACGAAGCUAGUGAACGAGCAUGUACCGCAGGCGGAGAAGGCACGCCGGCACGGUCGGGAGCUUAGCUACAUCCUCCCGCACGAUGCAGUGAACUCGUUCGUCUCCCUGUUUGACGACAUCGAGAAGGAGAUCAAGACGAAGCGGUUAAUGCUGGGUAUCUGCUCGUACGGUGUGUCGAUGACGACACUGGAGGAGGUGUUUCUGCAUCUGGAAACACAGCGCGAAGGUGAACAGAAGGCUGAAGGGGUGGACGAGGGCGAUGGAGAGGACGAUGAGGAUGAUUCCAAGGCGGCCGGCUAUCCGGUGUCGGAUAGUUUAAGCAGAAAGGUGAUGAAAAACCGUGGGCUACCGAGAAGCUUGUCACUGCAGGAGCGUAGCAAUAGCUACCAGUCGCUGAAGAAUGAUACGAAGAACCUACUGGAUGAGCAGAACGCCGAGAACAAGGCAUCGUUGCCGGAUAAUCGGCUAGAAUUUGAAACGAUCAUACCGAUCAAUGGGCUCGGCUCGGAUGGCAUCAGCCAAGGGACGGCCGGUUCCGGUGGUCAUCCCGUAUCGGUGGGUGGCGGUAACUCGGCCGUUAAUUCGCCUCAGGCGCAACGAAUGCACCGCAAGAAACAUCAUCGCAGUUCGCGCAACGGUGUAAGCAAGAGUACAAAGAGCGUGUACGAGGAGCCACCGCACACACAUUCGUCCGCGUCGGCCGUGAAGCUAAACAGCCAGAACCGUACCAACUGGAUGGAUCUGGACGAUAUCCAGCUGUAUCCGUCCCGCUGGUGCACGAUCGGUGCGCUGCUGAAGCUGCGGUUGACGAUAUUGUUUCGAGACAUUCAGCGGCUGUAUCUGCUGAUAAUACUGCCGCUGGCAUUCACCGCCCUAGGGCUUUAUCUCAACUCAAUACAGGUACUGUCACCGAUCAUGCGCUCGAUACUCCUCGACAACACGACCUACGGAAGCAACAUUACCAAGAUUGCGGUGCACGACAAUACCAAUGCGAUGGUGUGGCCCCAUUCCGCCUACCUGUACCAUCAUCAUCGCCAACCACAGCAGGGAUCUGCAGCAGCAUCGCAUCAUCAGAAGCGUGACUCGUUCGAGGUUUACGCCGAUCCCGUACCGAUGCUGCUGCAUCAGAAGCACCAUCAGCAGCAGCAACAGCUACAAUCGAAGGAGUCAGCCCAUCUCUACCACCGCUUCCUGGCCGAGUUGCGUCAGUCGGCUAACGUGACCGAAGAAUUCAACGGGAACUUUUCGCUGCUGCUCGACAUUGCCCCUCAUAUGGCGGCCUUCAGUGUGAACACCAUAUCCUGGUCGAACGUAUCCAUCACCACCCUGUACAACGAUACCACGCAGCACAGCCUACCGAUCAUUUUGAAUCUCAUCAGCAACACGUUGUUGCGUGUGUAUGCCGAGUUGUCGCCUGCCUCGAUCAACUCACAGAAUCUAUAUCAAGCGCGCAGUCAGCAAAAGCAGUCAGCGGUCCCGGCGAAUGUGCAACCGAUCGCAGUAGACUAUCAGGAUGAUCAGGAUGGUGGCGAUGAGUUGUCGGGAGGCUCCGUCGAGUCGGUCCCAUAUCAAUCGCUACCGGCGUCUUUCAGUACGAGUGCUGCGGCUAGUGUUCCUUCAACGCCUGGUUCGGGCGCUUCGGUGACUCCGGGUGGUGCAGCAGAUUCGGUGCUACGCAUCGAACUGUGGUCACAUCCAUUUCAGCAGACCGCCCAACCACAGGAAUUCAAUAUCGGUACUUUCUCGUCGGCACUGUUCGUCGGUAUGAUCUUCGUGCUGAUUCCUGUCUCACUCGCCGUCGAUAUGGUGUACGAUCGGGAGAUGAAAGCCAAGAACCAACUGCGUGUCAAUGGACUUUCCUCGUCACUCUACCUGUCGGCGUACUUUAUCGUGCUUUCCGGGCUUAUGCUGGUCAUCUGCGCGGCACUACUAGGUUUGGUGUUCCUCUUCGAUAUCCCAUCAUUCCGACAGCCACCGGCACUUAUCACACUUGGGAUGCUAGUGUUCUUGUACUCACCGGCUGGUAUACUGUGUUCCACUUGUUUCUCCUACUUCUUCGACCGCACCGACUCGGCACAAUCAAUCCUACCCAACAUCCUCACGUUCGUCGGUCUUAUUCCGUUCAUACUGGUCGUGUUCCUUGAUAUGCUGGGGAUUGAGGUUAAAGCGGCCAUAGCCCUUCACUACGUCUUUUCACUCAUCAAUCCGAUGUAUAUACCGUACGCGACGGUAUACUUCGUGGAUCGGGUGUACAUUGCGUGCCGGUUAAGCUCGGCCUGUGCCGAACUAUCGAUGGCACACUACAUGACCGAGGAGGUGAUAGUGAUGGCCUGCGGGUGCCUUUUGCACAUUCCGAUUUGGGCUUUCUGCUUGCGCGUAUCGGAUGUGAUGAAGAGUGGUGGUCGCAUGCGGGACCUUUUCCAUCGAUCAGCGGUAAGGCAUCCGAUUCGAUGGCGGUCGCAUUUGGUAACAGCACUAAUGGGUCGGGCUUUUACUCUUUUGGAACAGAACGAGGAGGACGUUAUGACCGAAGAGCAAUGCACGGGAGAGUACGAAGAUGAGGAUGUACGCAAUGAGCGUAGCCGCGUGUUCCGUUUGCCCUGCAACAAUCUCUCCCAGUCACAGCAUUCCGAUGCCGAGUGUCCUCACGGGCAGCCCGUUGUGGUGGUGAAGAGUCUACGCAAAGAGUUUUCGCAGGAAUCGCUGUGCGGUAACUGUUGUUGCUGUGCGGACGAUGAACCACCAAAGAAGAAGGUCUCCGUUCGUAGUCUUUCACUCGGUGUGGACGCAGGAGAGGUGCUCGGUUUGCUCGGUCACAAUGGGGCCGGUAAGACGACCACUAUGAAGAUAAUGACCGGCGAGACGGCACCGACACGCGGUACGGUACGGGUUGCUGGGCACAGCAUUACCAUCAACCAGGAUGAUGCGUUCAAGACACUCGGCUACUGUCCGCAGCAUGAUGCGCUGUGGAAGAAUGUGACUGUGCGCGAACAUCUGGAGCUGUACGCGCGUAUCCGUGGUGUGCGUGGUAAAGAUCUGAACCGCUUGAUCGCAACCUAUCUGACGGGAUUGCACAUCAACGAGCACGCGAACAAGCAGACGCAGCACUGUUCCGGUGGUACGCGGCGUAAACUCAGCUACGCGAUGGCUAUGGUUGGGGCACCGAAGGUGGUAUUGCUCGAUGAACCGUCGACCGGGAUGGAUCCGAAGUCGAAACGAUUCCUCUGGGAUACGAUUCUUGCCAGCUUCCAUGGUAAGCGAUGCGCCAUGUUGACAACCCAUUCGAUGGAGGAAGCGGAUGCGCUCUGCUCGCGUGUUGGCAUCAUGGUAAAGGGUGAGCUAAGAUGUCUCGGUUCGACGCAGCACCUGAAGAACCUGUACGGUGCCGGUUACACGCUGGAGAUUAAGCUGAAGCACAUCGAGAACGUGUACAGUGAGACGCCAAUCGAGAGCCAACCGAGCAGUAGCCAGGAGCAGCUGCAGCUCGACCAAAGCACCGACCACAUUGCGCCGGUGAUUAGCAACUGCAUCGACAAUCGGUCGAUGGCGUUGCGUAACUUCGUGACGGAUCUGUUCCCGAGUGCCACGUUGGAGGAAAGCUUCGCCGAUCGAUUGGUGUACUCGGUGCCGCAGCAGGCCGUCAGUUCCCUGGCGGAGUGUUUCUCGCGGCUCGAAAAAGCCAAAACUGAACUGGACAUCGAGGAGUACUCCUUUAGCCAAACCACACUCGAGCAAGUGUUCCUGAAGUUUGCCCACUACGACGAAGAAACCUCGAGCGUACAGUAAAGUGAACGACUGGUGACUAAAUGAUAGCCAAUGUACUGCAAAAGAAAGUAGUAAAUCGUGUGUUCGAUAGGUGUGAAAAAACGGACUCUCAGGUGAUGUACGCUUCUAUUAAGUGUCCCGUACCUGCGCGUCCAACCAACCAAAGCCGAACGAUAUGUGUGAAGGUGUAAAGCGAAUGCUCGUGACUCUUACAUUUCUCGCUUCUCUCUUUGGUCUCAUCAAACCAUGAAACCUAUGCCAAUUCAGCAGGCCGCAGUAACGGUUGCUGAUUUGAGUAAAAACCCGACCCGGUUUUCAAAGCAUACCGCAUCAUUGGCGAAGACGAAGAAACGUGUAAGUAAACUAAAGAAGAAGAAAAAAAUCUAAGUAUUCAGUAAAAUAUUUCAUAGAAAUUGAAUCUAAAAGAAAAAGAACAAUAUGAGACAGGCAGGAUAUGGGCGAACUAGCAAAGAAAAUCGACAGUUACGUUGCAUAAUAGAUGGAGGAGGAAAGUCAAAACGAAUGUAAAGAUGCAUAUGCAACGAUGGAUGG